AUGAGUGUUCAAGGCAUCAGUGUAACCAUUGCAAAUGCCAGAGAAAAGGCCCGGGCUCUAGACAAGGAUGACUCCCUUGCGUUCACACGCGGCGAGUUCAACAUCCCCACGAGGAGCCAGAUUGCCAGUACCCAGUUGCUCGACACAGCCACCACGGAAUCGAAGGAUGAAGGGGCUACUGAGGAUAAGUCCAUCUAUCUUUGCGGAAAUUCCCUCGGGCUCCAGCCCAAGCGGACUCAGACCCGUAUCCAGCAGUACCUCUCAACCUGGGCCACGCAGGGUGUUCAGGGGCAUUUUAAGCUUCUCGAUGAGUCGCCGUUGCCGACAUGGCUAGACGCGGACGAUCGGGCCGCGCAGCUCAUUGCCCCGAUCGUGGGAGCUUCUGAGCAUGAGGUGGCAGUCAUGCAAACGUUGACGGCGAAUCUUCAUUUGUUGAUGUCUGCGUUUUACAAGCCGGAUAUCAACGGGAGGCAUAAGAUCAUCCUCGAGACGAAGGCGUUCCCCAGUGAUCAUUUCGCUGUCGAAACCCAACUUCGGCACCACGGUCUAGACCCCGCCACGUCUAUGGUCACAUUGACUUCCCCUUCCUCUCCCGAAGACAACGUCCUCACGACCGCCGAGAUCCUAGCCGCCAUCGACCACCACGCCUCUACCACUGCCCUCCUCCUCCUCCCCGGCAUCCAAUACUACACCGGCCAACUCCUCGACAUCCCCACCAUCACCGCCCACGCCCGCACUCACGACAUUUUUGUCAUCUGGGACCUCGCCCAUGCCGCAGGGAAUGUGCCCCUGCAGCUCCACGACUGGAACGUCGACGCCGCGGCCUGGUGCAGCUACAAGUACCUCAACUCGGGUCCCGGGUGUAUCGGCGGGGUGUUUGUGCACGAGCGCAACAGCGGGGUCGGCCGGCUGAUCACGGACGAGAAGCCCGAAGAAGGGUAUAUCAACCGGCUGGCUGGGUGGUGGGGCAAUGACAAGCGGACGCGGUUUGUAAUGGCGACCAAGUUCCAUCCUGUGCGUGGCGCGGCCGGGUUCCAGCUGAGCAAUCCGAGCAUUCUGGACAUUACCAGCUUGACGGCGUCGCUGGAGGUGUUUGCCGCUGCUGGCGGCGUGGGCAAACUGCGGGAGAAAUCCCUGCGGCUCACGGCCUUCCUUGAAGAGCUCCUCGAGACGGGAAUUGGGAAGGACGAAAGGACGCAGUUCCGGGUUAUCACGCCGCGGGACUCGGCCCAACGUGGCGCACAACUAAGCCUUAUGUUGAAGCCGGGUUUGUUGGAACCAGUGAUGCGGGAGCUAGAGAAGCGGGCGGUGAUUGUGGACGAGCGGAGACCGGAUGUGAUUCGGGUAGCGCCAGCGCCGUUGUAUAAUACGUUUGAGGACGUUGUCGACUUUGUGGCGGCGUUUGGGGAAGCGCUAGCGAUUGCGAAGGCGGAGAUCAGUGAAUGA